GAGGCCCCAUGGCACGCAGCGUAUCCUGCGCCAAAGUCUAAGGCAGUGGGCAUAUCCCAGUUCGAUCUUCUGGUCAUGCUAGAAGAAGGCAAGGAGCCAGGAAAAGACUUUGUUCUCGUCGAUCUGCGGAGGAAUGAUCAUGCAGGUGGUACAAUUGCAGGUUCUAUUAACCUGCCUGCACAGAGCUUGUAUCCAUCUAUUCCAUCUCUUUACAGAUUGUUCAAGGCUGCUGGAAUUCCUAAGGUCAUUUGGUACUGCGGCUCCUCUAAGGGAAGGGGCAACCGUGCCGCUUCAUGGUUUGCGGACUAUGUAGCUGAGCAGGAGGAAACCAACACUAUCCAGAGCGUGGCUCUUGUAAAGGGUAUCAAAGGUUGGGUUGAAGGAGGACCCUCCUUUGCUAGUCGGAUAAGUGAAUUCGAGGCUGGGGCCUGGCAGAAAUGA